AAAAGAAAAAAGAAAAAGGACAAUAAUUAUCAUCUUAGCUAGACACAUGUACUUUAUUUAAACUCGUCCUGAACCAUAGACAACAAGUGCUAAGUGCAAGUGCAAGCAAAAAAAAUAUGGCAUACAUCGCCACCACGGUUGGUGCAAGCAGUGUCACCACAGUGGAUUGCCAGAAACAAGUGAGAUCAUGGAGGCUCCUACGUUCCCUGGUGGAACUUCUAAUCCCCACUUGCAACUGCACCUUCGUAGAAGAAGAAGAAAACCAAUCACCACAAAAGUGUCUCCAAAAUCAUCCACAACAACAACAACUCAUGAUGACAACUUCAACCACAAUCACUGGCACCAUCUUUGGAUACCGCAAAGGAAAGGUGAGUUUCUGCAUCCAAGCUAAUGCUAACUCAAGCAACCCUAUUCUGCUGCUGGAGUUGGCACUUCCCACAAGCGUUUUGGCUAAGGAAAUGAGAGGUGGCACACUCAGAAUUGUGCUGGAGAGUAGCACCACCACAGGAACAUGCAGCAACAAUGUUAACAAUAACAACAACAACCUUUUUUCCACGCCUUUGUGGAGCAUGUACUGCAAUGGAAGGAAAGUAGGGUACGCUGUUAAGCGUAGGCCUUCAAAUGGUGACUUUGAAGCCUUGAGUUUGAUGCGUUCAGUUGCUGUGGGGACUGGUGUUAUAAACAGUAGUUGUUGCAGUAAGGAGGAUGAGAUUAUGUACCUUAGAGCCAACUUUCAAAGGGUUCGUGGCUCCUCCAAUUGUGAGUCUUUCCAUUUGAUAGACCCAGAAGGAAGCAUUGGCCAAGAGCUUAGUAUUUUCUUUUUCAGGUCUUCUAGGUGACCUUUGUUAAUUUUUUUAUUAACUAUUAUGUAUAUAUUUUUAAGAGUUUGUUUCAUUCAACACUUCAACUUAAUUACCCUUUUUUGAGCCGUGACUAUGGCAUGGCUUUAUCCUAUGCUCUGUGAGUAAGUGUAAAUUUAAAUGUACUCUUUCCUUCCUUUUUCAUGGCUGAAUGUGACAAUUUGGGAGAGGGAGCGUGUCAAGCCUAUAUAGUCUGUCUUGCCCCCAAACCCCCCCGUCUUGGUUGUUACAGUUAAGAAUUUUCUGUUUAACAGUUUGGUCUGAA